AGCGCCUGGAAACGGAAUGCCCACCCGCCGCUCUGUAGUGGGCUCGACAGGAGGGCGGGGCGGACCUCUGUGACGUCAGGACCACGCCCCUCUGGGAGGGUGCUGCGCCUGCGCCAGAACGGCUGCUUCGCUCCCGGAAGUGGUGGGUUGGCACGGAGAGCGCCGCUGGGUCUGGGUGCCCGGAGGCCGAAGCACUCGCGGAGCUCGCCGGUCAGUCCCCGACCGCCAUGUCGUCCUUCGAUACCAAUCCCUUCGCAGACCCAGUGGACGUAAACCCCUUCCAGGAUCCCUCUGUGACCCAGCUGACCAAUGCCCCGCAAAGCGGCCUGGCUGAAUUCAACCCCUUCUCCGAGACAAAUGCAGCGACAACAGUUCCUGUCACACAGCUCCCUGGGCCCUCGCAGCCGGCGGUUCUCCAGCCCUCAGUGGAACCAACCCAGCCAACCCCCCAGCUCCUGCGUAGACAGGCCAGCAGGUUCCUGCCUACCAGAUUCCUGGCAGUGAGCGAGCUCUCAGAGAGGCAGAUGCUACUAGGAGGAGAUAGUAUUCUCAGAGACAGCUACAUGCAAAAGCUUCUGAAGGCCGUGGCCUCUGCAGCCCAGGCGAGCCUGCUCCGGCAGCAGGAAGAACUGGACAGGAAGGCAGCCGAGCUGGAGCGCAAGGAGCGGGAGCUACAGAACACUGUGGCCAACUUACAUGUGAGAGAGAACAACUGGCCGCCCCUGCCCUUCUGGUGCCCUGUCAAGCCCUGCUUCUAUCAGGAUUUCUCGGUAGAAAUCCCUGCUGACUACCAGCGGAUAUGCAAGAUGCUCUACUAUCUCUGGAUGUUGCACUCAGUGACUCUGUUUCUGAACCUGCUUGCCUGCCUGGCCUGGUUCUUAGUUGACAGCACCAACGGAGUGAACUUUGGCCUUUCGAUCCUGUGGUUUAUCAUCUUCACCCCCUGUGCCUUCCUGUGUUGGUACCGACCCAUCUAUAAAGCCUUCAGGUCUGACAACUCUUUCAGCUUCUUUGUAUUCUUCUUCGUAUUUUUUUGUCAAAUAGGGAUCUACAUCAUCCAACUGGUUGGCAUCCCUGGCCUGGGGGACAGUGGUUGGAUCGCAGCCCUGUCUACACUGAAGAAAGACCACUUGGCUGUGUCAAUCAUCAUGAUGGUGGUGGCUGGCUUCUUCACCCUAUGUGCCGUGCUCUCACUCUUCCUUCUGAAGCGGGUGCACUCCCUAUACCGCCGGACGGGGGCCAGCUUCCAGCAGGCCCAGGAGGAGUUUUCCCAGGGCAUCUUCAGCAACAGGACCUUCCGCAGCGCUGCCUCAAAUGCUGCCCGAGGAGCCUUCCAGGGGAACUAGUCCCCCUGACUGUCCUUCCUCUGCCCCAGCCUUUUCUCUUGCCCGCCUUCUAGCUGCACUUUCCGUGGGUGCCUUAAACAGUGAUUAUGCCCAGCACAGACCGGGGGAGGGUCUCGCCGGAGUUCUUCCUCCUUCCUCAGCAACCAGCUCUCCGUUCUGCCCGAGAAGGGGAGGGAGGGACAGGGAUUUAUUUUUUACAUAACAGGAAAAAAAAAAAACACAAAAAACCAAAACAGUCUUUCCUUCUCUGGGGGUGGUUUGGUAGGAUUCGAAGCUGUGGGACUGAAGUUCACUUCCCCGUACCCACGUACACAUGCACAUACACGUACGUACUUGGGAUCAGCAGCUGACCUGGGCCCAUCCCAGGUGGAGUCUUACUUCUCCAGGGUCCUGGGACUUCACUUCUCCGCUAGCAGGCCUGGCCCAAAUAUGGCUCCACACACAAAGCCUGUGGCUUCCACAGUCCUCCCUUUCCUUCCCUCCCAGGCUGGGGUAGUCUCCCAAGGGCUGCCCUUUAGGUGAACUGCAGUCCAGGUGGAUGGCAGGCUCUGUUCCCCAGAGCACUCUGGGGUGGUCUCUGGGCUUCCAGAGCCUCUGGGCGUGGUCGCCCCUGGCUCUUCCCUGCCUUAAUAUUUCUCACAGAUUCAUAGACCUUUAGUGCCCCCUACACCUUCCUGGUAUGGGCAGCGCCUGUGCCCUCUGGGGCCAUCUCUGAGCUCUUCCCUUUUUAGACUUACUGAAUGUGCAAUGGGAUUGUUGGGAUUUGGGAGUGGGGUGGGGAGGGAUAAAAGACAUUGACCCCAAGUUGUCUUGCCCAGCCUUUGGCGGUUUUCUAGGAGGGUGGAGUCUAGUUGUCCUGGUGUGGUUUGGCCCUGUUUGUUUGAUUUCCUCUCCUCCUGAGGGAUAGCAGCCCUUUACCGUGGCCUCAGAUUCUACCCCACUCUGCCUUCCACUGUCAGCAAUAAGUCGUCUGUAUGACUCUUAGGGAGAGCAGGAAGAAUCAGUCCAGAACUGCACCCCUUCAUGCUGGACUGAUGAGCCAUUUUUUCUGAGGGUUCCAGGCUCCAUACCCUGAGUAGAACCCAGGUCACCUUUCACUGUUCCUGGGGAUUCCUCAGGUGUGUCAGUGUGAUGGGCACCCGGGAAUCCCCAGGUAAAACCUGUACCCUGUCCUCCAAAGGCUGUAGGGGUGGGUGUGUGGACUGAGGGGACCUCUCAAAAAGCUGGCCAAUUGCCUGCCUCUGGGACCUGGAUCCCACCCCGAGGCAGCCUGCAGACCGCCAGCUCACCAGCCCCAGAGCCACUGAAUGACAGUGGCAGUGACCAAGGUUUUGUAAACUUUCUGGUGUUUUUUCUUCAUGUAUAAAUGUAUAUGUUAUGUCUCAAUUUUUGUGCUUUAAAUAAAAAUGACAUUUUCAGACAA